AUGAAGAAACAACUCUUGGCAAAUUACACGAGCGAGAUCUUAUCACCCAAUACCAUGCCUUCUUUACGGCUUAUAUCACUCGCUGCACAUCAAGAUUCAAAGGGCGAAUUCAGGUGGAUUCCGCGGAAGAUGCGCAUGACAGAAGAAAGAGCAGCAGACUUGCAGAUUGCGCGCCCACAGAAACUUCCCCGCCUUGAAGCCCUCGGCCUAUCAAGCUUGAUUUUGGAUGAGCCGCCCGCGCUGGAGGUGGGAGAUCACAAUAUGGGCAUUUCUGGGGUACAGAGGCUGCUUGCAGUUCAUGACAUUGCUUUGGCCGUGGUAGGCUCGGCUCACUUAGCAAGACUCAAAGCCUACAGCAACAAGUUCAUCCAGCUGCUCACUCAGCGCUACGAUUCUUCUUCGGGCCUUCGGCCACCGAGCACUCUUGAAGCCCAGCAGGCAGAUUGCAAGUUGUGGCAGCGCAUCUAUGCUUUGGUAUCAGACAAGGGCUGGAAGCUCAAUGAUGCCACCUACGAGUACACGGAGAUCCGGGGAGAGAUGGCAAGUUUGCUUCAGGCGCGUGCCAAGCCAGCUCAGGUGCAGCGGAUCAUUGACAAAGGCCCCAAAGGCAAAGGACUCGGAAAGUCCCUCGUCGAGGCUUGGCGCGGCUCUCAGUCUUGGAAGGGCCCUGGCAAGGGUCCCGGUAAGGAUAAGGGUGAUAAAGGGGGCAAGGGCAAAUCUCCUUCCAAAGGUUUCAUCAAGGGCUUCAGUUAUUUCUUUUGUGCCUUCAUCUAUUCAGACUUUUGCAGCACCAGCCACGAGUUCAUCUCAUAUGCUUUCACAGUCUUCUGCGUCAAACUUGCGCAGUACAGCAUCACCAGCCAUUUUGGCGCCAUCAUGUGUAUCAUCAACUGCGUCUGGGAGCUCGCUUAG